GUGUCAGGGGUAAGGGGUAUUGAGGGAUGUCAGUUGGGAAGGAGUCUUGGUCGGGACAGGCUGCUGAAACAGAACCUCCGUGAUGAAUCGCAUGUAUGAACACUGUCGCCCGGGGAUACGUGGAGAGGCCGUGGACGUGAGGGCAAUGAUGCGGGCCUGUAGAACGGGAGAACAACCUCCGUCUGGGCUAUGGAAGUUUUCUGGUGUGGUCUUGGAGAUUGCCUUCUUCAAGGACGAGAAGGUGGCGGGAGGUGGCACCGACAGCGUGGGAGACUACUACAUCUCGGGUACGUGGGGAGGUGCGGGUGUGAAGUUCGUCAUCCACUACACAGGCAAAUACGAUGUCACCUACAACGGGAAAUAUGCUGACAGCAAGAUCACAGGUACGUGUGUCAAGAGCCAAGGGGGUUCCAGUUCACCCUUUGAGUUGAUAUAUUGUGGAAAGGAUGCAAAGGUCACUCCGAAGCCUGGUCAGUGGUCAGGACACCUCUGUCGAGCUGGAGUCACUCAGAUGUUCAGUAUAGACUUUGAAUUUGGAGAUCCUCCGUACAAGUUUAUAACUGGACGUGGCAAAGAUGAGAAUGGCAACUUCCGAAUCAAAGGACGCCUUGAAGGACGAGGGAUUCGUCUGAUACGUCACAACGUCGUCUACUACGGCCUGAUGAACGAAUCGGGAACAGAGGUUGUUGGGAUGUUCCUGGAUUCAGGUGGAUGUUGGGUGGAAGGAAGAUUCGUCCUGAAGAUCGGUGGAGGCAGUGUUGUUCCUUCUGGAGGAGGAGCUUCUGAUCAACCAACUAGUGGAGUCUGGUUCUGGUUCCUGAGUGGCCGCCCUGAGUAUCGCUGCUACCUUCAGCUGAUGUUUGUGACUGGGAAGGUGUCUGGUAAUGGCAGAGACGAGACUGGAUACUUCACCUUGACAGGGACAUGGAGCGGACCCAAAAUCACCUUCACGAAGAGCACAACCUCGGUAACAUACACCGGCACCAUCACUCCAGGAGCCAACGUCAUCAGUGGCCAAAACCCAGAUGGUGGAACAUUCGACAUUGCUUUCUUCAUGGAAUUUGAACUCCCAGAAUUCCCCUACCAGUUUCCAAACAAAGAUGUUUCCAGUGGGCAGCAAUGUGCCAUGAAGCUCUUCCAGGAGAUACAGAUCUGGUUGUCAAGGAGACGCACGCUUAUCCAAGAGUUCCGCAUCCUUAUCCAAAAGAUUGAACAAGCACAAUCUGGAAGCCUUUCUGUCCAGUUUCCAGGGGAUAUUGUGGACGUCAAUGAGCUGAUAACCGUCGCGAUUAGUCUGUUGGCGUUGCUGAGUGGAGGUGGAGCUGCAUCUGCUCUGUUGCUGAGAUUUGGCCGAAAGACUGACAUGGUUUCCUUCACAAGCGAUGCAUUUAAAGGCGCAUCAAAGAUCCUGGAAGCAUACAAGUCAGCUGCGGACGCUGAGACGUUGAAGGACUUGGUCGAGGAGGAUGUCAUCUCCUCCAGAAUCAUUUACUAUCUUAUCGACACUCUCUGGGACAUCUCUGGAGUACUGAACACCCAGUGCAAGGUUGACAUAUCAGUGAAGAGGAUUGCGAAAGGUUUCCUGUUCCAAGCAGCUACAGGAAUUGAUAUCAUCAGUUUCGCCUUCCCUGAUGAAUAUGCAGCUCCUCUAUUGACAGCUCCUGAGUUUGAUCAUGGAAAGUUAGGUGAAAUAGAAUCAGCUUUACUAGAAUGUAUUGGGAAAAUCACCGAGAUGAACAAAGACGCCACGGGCAGGGUUGGAGGGUCUGUUGGAGUUGCAAUCAAAUUAAAAGACAUACAAGAAGCCCUGGAGGACCUGGAUGAUGCAUCACCCUCUGUCUUCAGGAAAUGCCUGGAUAGAUGCAUCGUUGUUCUGGAACAGAAGAUGGACAUAUAUGUCUCUCUGCAAAAGAAGACCGAGACAUAUUUUGAAGAGCGGGAGACUAUCAGCUCUAAAUUGUCUGUGGAGACGGUGAUAACUGUAGAGUUUAUCAAUGAAGUAAUAUCUGUCCUUAAAGACUUUAACCCACAAUGGUGUCAAGCUGUGGAAGAAAAAGGCCUUCAGGAAGUAUUUGCGUUAACCAUGACCAAAGUCUUUCCCGCAAUCAGACAGAAGACAAACAUGAUGAUGAGCAGCUAUCGGCCUGGUGGUUCGGACGCGCCAGUUGACAUACUCGACAUUGUUAUUGUCGGUGAAGCAGCUGUAGGUCUACCUGCUUUCAAGAGAGAUCUGUUGUUCCCUGUUCCAACUCUACAGGAUGUUGUACUCUACCAACCAUACGGCUCUACCAUAAACCAAUCAACAAUACUUGGCAUUGCGUCCGGCUCUAUUAGACCAGGAUGCCGACAGACGUCAUCCAGUGUCGACCUACCGCAAUCCUGGAACUCCCUACUUUCUGGACAAACUGAAUUGAUUCCAUCAAUCUACCUUGACCAGGCUGUUAUUGACGAAGUCACAUUCACUGAGCUUAAGGAUCUUCUUCAGCAGUUCCCAGAGGAUGUCCAGAGAAACCGCAUCAUCAUCCCCUUCUUCACCUCCUCGGAAGCGGACUCUCUGCCCCCAGUUCCUCUCUGGUUGUUGACCUCGGCCUGCUCUGUGGCGGGGAUGGUCAGCGGGGUCAAUGUCCGCGUCCAUCUCGCCACCAGCCUCACCGCCCCGGACCCCACCCCAGAGUUACAGACGCUGUGUCAAAGCCAGUACAGCUUCGCCCAGACGGCCAUGACCUGUGACGUCGCUCAGCUCCACCUCGAGGGCGUCAACACCAACUGGCUCAAUCACUUUAUGCAGAGUGAAACUCUCUCGAGCUUUUUCUCAAGCUCUACCACUCGCACAAGCAACAUGUCGUUCGAAGGAGGCGUGAUCCGGAUAACAACUACUACUACAACGACCUAUCAAGGGUAGAUAACUCAACGGUAAUGGGAGAAUCAGCAACUGACAAUCUCGUUCUUACCACGCGUAAAAUGGAAUGCAAUGCCUUUGUAAUUUUAGACAGUGAUGUUUUGAUACGUAGAAAAUAGUCCAUCUAUGCCUUGACUGAGAACGAUCACUUAGUCUUCAAGUGGAGGAGGCUGGGUUUGUUUUGUUUUUGUCGUUGUUGUUUCUCUGAAGGGAAAUGUACCUGGGCCAGAUUUUCGAAGCUCUCUUAGCGCCAGGAUCGUCGUAAGUGCCAUACAUUAAUAAUAACUUACGACUAUCUUAGCGCUAAGAGAGCUUCGAAACUCUAGGCCCUAGAAUAAGACAUACUUCCUGGACAUGUCCCGCAAAUGGCCGGCUUUUUUCUCUUUGAGAGUAGUUUUUGUUUCAAUCCGUGACUGAAAACAUAUCCAACGUCCCCGGCUGACGCCAAUGAGUGAGUGAGUAAGUUGUGUUUUACGCCGCUUUUAGCAAUAUUCCAGCAAUAUGACUGCAGGGGACACCAGAAAUGGGCGUGACACAUUGUACCCAUAUGGGGAAUCGAACCAGAGGCUUCGGCGUGACCAGCGAACGCUGUAAUCAUUCUGAAGCUGUAGAAAUGGACCUUCAGAGACCUCUCGCUUUCCAAGAUUAAUUUGCGUGUCUCAAGCCUUUCCACAAAACAAGUUUUUACCCUUGCCAUUCAAGCCUUGCUUGCUAAGGUAUGGGUAUAGUCGUGUUUCACUCGAACGACUUAACGCAGUGACUGGGAUGCAGUGCUAUUUUUAGACGACUUCUGCUGAGCGUUUCAUGUUGCCGCGAUUUCCGCGUUACUUGACGCUGUGUAAUCUCAGAAAGCAGUUUACAGAGCGAAAUGCGGCAGUACGCAUCCUAAUUUAUCAAUUUGUACCUGUUAGGGAUGAUCGACGGGGUUGUCCCUUACGGCAGACAACUUUGUGAAGACAUUGAUUAUAAGAAACAGCGAUCUGAUUGGAUAUCGCAUAUUCAUUAAAAUGGACAUAGCUCGUGUUCUACACAGGAUGGCGGCACGAAAACGAGGCUUGAAAUACCUAGGGUGAAAACGAGGCUUCGAUAGAGACAAGUGGAUUCUCUUGCCGCUGGAAGAUUUUAUGAUAAUUAAUCUGGCUGCAUCCCUUCUCCAGAGUGUCUAUGUGUUCCACCUCCAAUGUGUCAGUGAAGUCGAUACUGUAAGGAAAUAGUUUCAUCAAGGUCAAGGUCGACAGAGAGACGUAUUCAUAAUGGCAGCAACUUUCAGACUGAAUCUGUAACGUUCAACUUGUUUUGUAUUAUUUACCGAUGUUGGUUUACAUGUAGUUAUAUGUUUACAAAAUAUUGCUUGUUUUAAUAUAUACAUCCAACUUAAUGUAGAUUUAGAUUUACAUUAUACUGCUUUUGUUUAAUGUAUACUAGUAAUUCUACUGGAAUAAAUAUUGUAAUACAAUA